AUGGUCUGCUUCGCAGUGUGUCUACACCAUGGCCAGACGGAUCCCUGCAGCUUUGGCAAGGUGAGCCAGAAAUGGCAGUACACUCAAUUCCCAAUGGGAGAGCUGGCGGCAGCAUGUUUAUCGACAUGUAGGUCUGACGCAAAGUUCAUGUGCACGGGCAGUCUUGCAGAGGUGCUGAUGGGCGCUCUUAAAUCAACCAGUUCCACCAUCCUCGCACAGGGGCCGGGUUCGCAGCCGAAAUGCACCAGACGCAUCUUCGCCUCUGCUUGA